AUGACUUCACUUCAAGAGAAAACGGGGGACAAUAUCGCUUAUCCGCAUAAAGAUAGCAACAUUCAAGUUCCUGAAAUAUUCCUGCCUAAAGACCACGAUUAUAGUAUCAACACUGAUCAUGAAGAAUCAUCAUCGGAUCAAGACGACAGUAAAAGUGUUACCACAUCCAUUGGGUCAUCAAUAUAUGGUGCAUUGGAUUUGAGUGACGUUUCUGGAACUAAUUCUGAAAAGAAGCGCUCAAUACGAAAACUAUUGUCUGCUAUGAAGGUAAAAAUUAAAGCAAUGAGACGCAAUUCAAAUAAUGAUACCUCAGAUAGAAGUAACUUUUUAACAGAAGAAAUUAAGGAUGAAGAUUUACAACUUGACAGAAAUUCUUUGAAAUCAAGUACUCCUAUUCAAUUUCCGACUGGAGAUUUCCCUUACCUCGAUAUCCUUAGAGAGGAUAGCCGUUUGGAAAAUUCUAUCAUUGAUAAUAAAUAUCAAAAAAUGUUUCCAAAAUAUGACAGAGAGAAUAAAUGGUUGGACUCCUUGAGCACACAUGCCUCAUUCAACAUGGAAGACGAUCAUAGUGUUGUUAAUAAUAAAGAGAAUAACCUAGAUGAAUCUCCAUUGACACCAGAGGAGUAUGAAAUUGAGGGGAAAGUUUCUACAAAUUUGAGGGAUAUGAAUAUAUUACAAUCAAAUGACAAGGAAAAAAUAUGUGAUAGGAUUCAGAGUAUUUGUCAAAAACUUGGGAUUGAAAAUGCUUCGUCACAAACUUCUAAAAUAACGAAAAUUGAAAUAAAUGCCAAUACGAGCAUUUUAUUAGAUAAAAUCCUAUUAAAAUUAGACAACAACCUAGAAAACCUUAGCUCAUUGAGAAAUGAUGUUUAUAAAAGAAAAAUUGAAAAGGAAGAAAUUGCUGAGAAAUUGCGUAAGGUUGAGAAAGAAUUAAUUGUUAAACAAGAAGGAAUGAAAACAGAACUUCACAAUAAAGAAAAAAUAUAUGAAAAGUAUAAGUCUCAAAUGGAUCAAAUCAAUGUUUUGUUUGAAUUAACUGAGUCUUCUUCAAAAAAAGAUUUAUCUGAAACAGAAAAGAUGAAUGCUCUUUUCAACGUAGUGGAAACACAUUCAAUGUUAAAGACCAAGGUCACUUCGUUAUAUAAUGAAAAUACAAAUUUGAAAGAUAUGUGUCGUACGCUAAAGAUGGAAACUCAAAAUGCAAAAGAUGAGUUAGAAGAUAAGACUUAUGAUGCAAUUAAGUCACAGUUUCAGAAGGUUGUCCUAAAACUAGAGCAAUGCAUUGAAGAGCAUAAGGAAAGAGGAGAAUUACAGCAAGAGCGUAUUAUGGGGACAGUUCAAAUGUAUAAUGAGGAAAGAGAAAAAGUGAUAGGGUUGAGAAAAGAAAAGAAAAUUUUAGGAAGUCAAAUACAACUCCUGGAUUGCCAGAAAAAUGAAUCAUUACAAUUUAUGUCGCAAUUCAUGAAUUCCUUUAGUAAUUAUGUCGACAAAAAAAUACUGUUCGAUUAUAAUAUUCUUCUAGAAUCCUUAACUAGUAAACUAAAUAUAGAAUUUUUAUCUGGUUUUACAGAUUUUCAAACUAGUAAUCACUUUGAGAAGAUUGAAGCACAACUUAAUGAGUUUUAUCAGGAAAUAGCAACAAAUAAAUUCAUGGACCAAUUAAUAUCUCAAUUUGUACAGACAAUUGGCACAAACAAUAUUCUCAAUUCUCAGUUAGAUAAUUUGGAAAACAAAUAUGGCGAACAGGUAGAAUAUAUCAAUGAAUUGACUCAUUAUAUUAAGAAGUUAAAGAGGAGAAAAACACAACAGAAAAAUUCACAUUCUCUGCACCAUAAGACUGACAUCGACCAAAAAAUAAAAGAGGACUAA